AUGUCUCUGGGGUCGCACGCUUUCCUGCAGCGCGUGGUGCGCCACCACGAGCGAAUCCUGACGGCGGCAGCCUCGUCGAGUGUCGCGAGCAGAGAAGCGAAGCCUCAGGCAGGAAGCCGCGCUUCGCCGGGAGGGUCCGUCUUGGUCCUCCUCCCCGUCGAGGAAAGUCUGCGCGACCUCGGAGUCCCUGAGCAGCUCCUCGUGGAGACUCACCUGUUUUUGCCCGCCUCGUUUCCUUCACAAUUCAUCAACUUGAGGGGUCAAGGCAUACACCGCGACAACGGCGUCUUGAUCUCCGACUUCGGCUUCCCUACUCCUCUUCGCCUCGACAUCCUAGCGGAGGAAGUCAUCUACGACCGCGGUUUAAUUCUCGAGUGUCUUCUCGUCUCCUCUUCCCUCUUCUCCUCUUCCGCGUCUUCUUCCUCUUCUUCUUCCUCUUCCUCUUCUUCUUCCUCUUCUGCUUCGAGUCACCUUCCGUCGCACGCAUCCGGUCGCAGAAGCUGGAACGGCGUCGCUCGCGUGGACGACGAACAGGAGAAGGAAGAGAAGGAGAAUCUGGAGAAAAUCGAAGCGGACUUGCGCGCAGAGACGACGCGGUGGUGGCGCGGCUCCAAGGCCGGCGCAGCUGCCGAGAGGGAUGUCGAAGAAGAAAUUAGCUUCUUCAGAAACACCUACGUCUUGACUUUGGGGUGUGACACAGAAAUCGCGAGUCGACUCAGAGAAUUGGUGUCUGUUUGCGCGCGGCGAGUCUGUCUCCUCGGACCUGCGUUGGGGACAGGCGCCGGGGGGGCGUUGCUGGCAAGAAGCUCGGCUGGAAGCGAAGCCGUCGCAGCCGUCGCCAGUACAGUCGAAAGUUUCGUCUUUCUGCGACUCCAGGACCGCCUCUGGAGCUUCGCGGUCCAAGCCCUGGCGACGCGACAAGAAAAAUUGGAGAUGAAACUCAAGACUCUUCGAGAAAAUCUGCCUUUUCUCCAUGAGCGUUUGCAAGUUAAGCCCGUUCUCCGCAAUGUCCCUCUUCAAGCUUCUGCCGCGAUUCUCGACCAACUCUCCACUUGGAGACUCCCAGAGCAGAAAACUGCAUGCUUGGCCUGGGUGGUGCGCAGCGUUCAGAACGCAUGCAGAAAACAUGUUCGCCUCGUUCACGGCCAACAGCGCAGAGCGGAAAUGGAGAGGAAAGAGACGCGUGUCUCUCCUCCUCCACCACAACCUGUCGAGAUAACGGUCGACGACCUCGUGGGGUUGUUGCUCGUGACGGCUGCGUUGAGUCAAGGGCGACUUCUCCUCGCGAAUCUCUGGAUGAUGAAUCUCUUCAAUCUGCAGCGACCACGAGAAGCCCAGUUCGAUGAGGCUUCUUUUCAUCUCACCACCUUGCAGUCUGCCCUUUCAUUUGCAUGCGUCGUCUCCGUGCCGCAGACGCAGACGACGCCCCGCAGGGGUGAACCUCAGACGUAGAAAAGAAUUUCUUUUCGUAGGAUCGCUUCUUCUCACUCUACUGCAGCUUCCGCAUGCCUCCGUGAAACGACUGAUUCGGUGCUUCACAUGGACACAGGAUGGUGUGUACAUACACGCGUGCUCUCGCCGACCAGAGAUCAUCUUUCCAGAAAACGCAGAGACACGUACGCCUAGACAAAAGAAUGUGGAAGGUGCUCACGUACUUGCAUCUACAGAGAUAUAUACAAACGUAUAUAUGCAUUUUUACGAAAAACACUGUAUCUUUUGACCGUUCGACUGGAUAACUUCAUGAGUGUGGAGAACGAGAUGGGAGCGCGUUUUUCGAAAUCUACGUUUCGGUGGGCUGGGGGAUCAGGUGUUGUUUUUCACAUGGACGUGUAAAGGAAGAACUCCGUUUCUGUCCCCACAGUCGGGUGUGUGUCUUUGUGUGUGGAGUCUUCGAUCUCUGUUUCUGUCCUUCUCGAAAAGAAACGUCUAGACUUUGAAUCGUUCGCAUUUAC